AAAUUCAAUGGGAGCUUGAAAAGGAGAACGAACCCGCCGCUGACACAAUGCUCGCCGUCUCAUGUCCCUCUUCCGCACAUUCGACCGGACGACCUGCCACAGCGUCUCGAAUACCGUGUCGUCGCCCCUCCUCACAUUUCUAUGCCCGGCAUUACAGCAAAAGCGACAUUACCAGCGAGGUGUAUUCCAGGCUGUGGUAGCACGUGCUCCCCGUACAACAUCGCCGAGGAAGAACCAGAUGGACGACUUCUUCAUCAAGGCACUAGCGCGGGCAGGAACAUGUCAAGAGCACCGAAGGCAGAUAUCUACAAUUCGCGAGAAUGUAGUCCCCACAAGAAAUAACCACAAGAUCCGCCGGAAAGCGACCGUCUCUUGCGAAAGAGAGUACUUCCAAACCGCGAGGAAGCGAGGACCGUUCAAGAAGAUGAAGCAAUUUGCCACGAGUGAAUUGAAGGCACUGGUAGACUACUAUGAUAUAGAACUCGAGUCUGGACCAGAAGAGGAGGAUAUAGAAGACGAUGGACUUCUGAUAUGGAACGUUGGGGACGACCAUGUUCCGUGGCCAGUGAAAGAGCAGGCACACCAGCAUUAUAUCGAUAAGCUAAAGGAGAUGCUGGAGACAGAAUCUUCACACGAGGACAUUUUUUCAUACUAUAAACGGUUGCCAGGUCCUGGAGUGGUCUACCUCAGUUUAAAGACCAUUCGAGACCUCCUACACCAUUUAUCAAUCGUUGAGAGACCGGACCAAGCCAGCAUGCACCGUUAUCUCUCGAUUCUAGACGAUAUGAAGACUGCAAAUAUCCACAUUCGGCGGUCCGAAUGGACGUCUGCCAUAUUUUUGGCCGGUCGUUGCGUAGACACAGUCUCCACUCAGGAGGUACAAUUUGCCCUUCGACUUUGGAAAGACAUGGAAAAGCGAGCCGGCGUUAAAGCUGGCGUUGUAACGUUUAAUGUACUCUUUGAUAUUGCCGUCAAAGCCGGAUUGUACGCACUUGCCGAGACACUUCUCCAAGAAAUGCAGAAACGGAAGAUCAAGCCCCAUCGCCACUUCAGGGUAUCGAUGCUGUACUAUCACGGAAUGCUGCAGAACGGAAAUGCCGUGCGGCAAGCAUACCAGGACCUUGUUUCUGCCGGAGAAGUUGUUGACACAGUCGUGCUCAACGCCGUGAUAGCCAGCCUCAUACGAGCGGGCGAGCCUGCAGCCGCAGAGCACGUGUUCGAACGCAUGAAGCGUCUCGAGGCCUCAAGGCAAAACGCAAGACCAAUACCGCACAGCUGGCGAAAGCGACGAACACUAGGCCUUGAACUGACCUGGGAAGGCGCUCGACCACCCAGCUCGACAAAUCUCACCGACAAAGCGAACGAAAUCCACCAAACAGCGCCCAUAGCCCCAGACUCUCGCACAUACGGCCUCUUCAUACGCCACCACGCCACGACGACCGGCAACAUCGACCGCAUCGAAGACCUCCUACAGGACAUGAUGCAUAAAAAGAUCCCCAUCGACGGCACGACAUUCAUCGUCAUGAUGUACGGCUUCCACUCCUUCGGCGGCGUCCGCUACUCCUCCUGGACGCGGGAGAAACUCGAACGAACCUGGUCCCGCUACCUGCAAGGCGUCCGCGACGGCGCAGACCGCACGUGGCUCUCACCCCUCGCCAUCAAAGCCGCACUCAGGGGCUUCAAGAAAUGCACGGAUGACGAGCGCACGCUGCGCGUUUGGGAGGAGGCCCGCGAGCUUUGGGACCCCUCACCGCAUGACCUGGAGUCUGUGCUGAAGACUCUGAGGCGAAUGCUGCCGGACAGUUCGUUUUUCAGUGAGAAUGUAUGAUAGCAUGGUGUUUUGUGUUGAUGUAUAUACAUGUAUCGUACGUAUAUGAAUUUAGGACUUAGACGUGUGUUUGAAUCAAAG